AUGAUAGAUCAGGGAAUUAAUACAUAUGAAUAUGCAAUGUAUUGUCAAAAUGAUUGGAAAGAUUUUCAUCAUCUUGCAUAUUGGGAAUUAGUAUGGUGUCGUGUACUUCAACGACAAUGGAAAGAAGCAUCUGUUAUGGCUCAAACACUUUUAGAUCACAAUAAUUGGAGUAAAGCAACUUAUUGUUAUUUAUUAUCAACAUUUAUUUUCGAAGAAAAUAAUGGAGUAGCAACAGAUGAAGUUGUCAGAUUAUAUAAACGAGUACCAGAUCUAAAAAUUCGUCUUGCAGGCAAAUCAAUACCAUUAGAAAAAUAUGCAAUUAAAAAAUGUGAACAUUUUCUUGCGCAAAAUUGGUUAUUUUUACCUGGAUUGGAAUUGCUCUAUCUUAUGAAUGGUUUCUAUAUACUUGCUUAUGAUUCUAAUAGAUUAAAUGCAACACUUGAUAUUGUUAAUAAUGCUUUAAAUGACUUACAACUUCAUCAUACAAAUGAUCGAUUCUAUAUAGAUAGUUAUGGUUCUGGUUUAUUACUUCGUGGUGUUCUUUUACAUUUUCUUCAUCGAUAUAAUCAAGCACAUGAAGCAUUCGAUGAAAUAAUUCGUUUAGCAAAAAAAUUUGAUACAAAAUCAUUUUUAGCACCGAAUGCUUUAUUAGAAAAAGGAUUAAUUUAUCUUAGUUUAAAACAAAAACAACAAGCAAUUGAUUAUUUACAUAAAUCAUUGAAUGAUUAUAAAGAUUAUCAACUUGAAUCUCGUCUUCAAUUUCGUAUAAAUGCUGCAAUGCAAAAAGUGAAACAAAUGGAUAAUUAA